CUCAUAGGCUAGUAUAAGACAAAGUUAAGUUUUCUAUAUGCCAAAAUGGGAGUUGAAAUAUUAUAUCCUUUAGUUUACUCAUUUUUGAUCACAUUUUUGAUUGCGUAUUAUUGGAAACGACGACAUUUAUAUAUUGCAAGUUUUAAAAUAGAUGGACCGAUUAGUUUUCCCUUAAUUGGGAAUAGUUAUUUAUUUUUUGGACGUUCUCAAGAAGAUGUAUUUUCAAAGUCCAUGGAAAUGAUCCAAUCUUAUUCAAGCACAUGUCGAUUUUGGCGUGGAUCACAGUUGCUUAUUUGUAUCAAAAACAUCAAGGAUAUUGAGAAAUUGUUAUCAUCGCAUAAAACCACCCAGAAAAUGUAUGCUUAUGAUUUAGUAAAAUAUUCAUUUGGGGAAGGAUUAUUUCUAUCAUCGGGUGCGGUUUAUCGUAAUAGUCAUCGAUUAAUUCAACCCACCUUUCAUCACGAUGUCUUAGAAACUUAUAUACAAUUAUUUCAAAAAAAUGGUGAUUUUCUAGUUGAAAGUUUACGUGAAAAUGUUGGAAAAGAGGCGUUUGAUAUUUUUAGAAAAGUGAAUUUGUGUAUUAUUAAAAAUGUAGUCGAUACAUUGAUGGAUACUAAAAUGACCCCUGAAAUUACAGAUGAACUAUAUUUUUCUUUAAAUAGAUUGUAUAAUAUAAUUCAUGAGAGGCUAUUCAAACCAUGGCUUCACCCAGAAUUUAUUUUUAAAUUAACAAGUAUAGGUAAAGAGGAACGAAAAAGUGCAAAAUAUUUGCAGGAUUUUAUUAGAAAUGUGAUUAAAAGUAAAAAAAUGGAGUUGAGUUUAGCUUCUGAUGAUUCAGAAUAUGCUUCGAAUUCGAAACGGAGGAGUACAUUAGACUUUCUUUUGAGAAAACUAAAUGAAAAUCCAAAUGUCAUGUCGGAAGAAUUAUUGGUUGAUAAUAUUUCAACAAUAUUUUUAGCUGCUCAAGACGCAACAUCAAUACAAUAUAGCUUUGCAGUUUUAAUGUUCGGAAUGUAUCCAAAUUUGCAGGACAAAAUUUAUGAAGAAAUCCAAAAGGUUUUGGGACAAGAAUCAACAUUUACAAUAUCAGAUUUAAAUGAAUUAGUUUAUUUAGAUAUGUUCUUAAAUGAAUGUCUUCGAUUAUUACCAAUUCCAUUUAUUGGGCGUAAAGUUACAGAAGAUCUUCAAUUUGAAAAUUUUGUUGCACCAGCGGGAUGUAGUCUUAUAGUAAAUACAUAUGAAAUUCAUCGCAAUCCAAAAUACUGGGAGAAACCGAAUGAAUUUUAUCCAGAACAUUUUACGCCAGAGAAUGUUGCAAAACGACAUCCAAUGGCGUUCAUACCUUUUAGUGCAGGACCACGGCGUUGUAUAGGCAGGCAUUAUGCUGUUUAUGUAUUGAAAACACUUAUAAUAAGUACUCUUCGAAGUUAUAAAAUUGAAGCUGAUGGAACUUUACAAGAUUUAAAUAUAACUGGUGAUUUAGCAUGUCGUGUUAAAGAUGGUUACAAAAUACGCAUCAAAUAUCGUAAUUGAAU